AUUAUAUUAGUUUCGAGUCAUAAUUUUACCGCCUUUUCAGUUGCUCGACAACCUCCAUUGGUUAUUGAUCUAUCUGUGUCUUUUAAUUAUUUAUAUUAUCCCGGAUUGUUAAAAAUGCCAGUCGAAAGUUCUUGCAGUAUUAAAUUUGCGAAACUCUCUGAGAAGGCGUUUGCACCAGUGAGAGGCUCCGUCCAGGCUGCGGGGUAUGAUCUCAAGAGUGCUUAUGAGUAUGUCAUCCCAGGGAGAGGAAAGGAACUCGUCAAAACGGAUCUUCAGAUCCAAGUUCCUGACGGAACCUAUGGAAGAGUAGCUCCUCGUUCUGGACUGGCCUGGAAAAAUCACAUUGAUGUCGGUGCUGGUGUCAUCGAUGCAGAUUACAGUGAGGAAAAUGUAUGGAAACUGUGCCAGGACGUUGCGACCAGACAUACCGCAGAGUUGCAGCAUUGUUAUGUAGCUUUUAUAAGUAAUGAGGAUCGAAGAGUCCCACUGUGGAGGCAGAGAGAGGGCAAGGAUGAGGAUCAAGUUAUAGUUUGGGAUUAUCAUGCAAUUUUAAUCUAUGCACCCGACGAACGUGCUGUGGUUUACGAUUUGGAGAGUGCCCUCCCGUUUCCCACAUUUUUCUGGAAAUAUGCCACUGAAACAUUCAGAUCCGACGAGGCACUUCGCCCAGAAUUUCACAGGAGAUUCCGGCUUGUACCAGCGGCUACUUAUUUGCAACACUUCGCAUCUAAUCGAGCACACAUGAAGCGAGAGGAUGGAACUUGGAUCAAAACACCACCUGAUUAUCCACCGAUAUCUACACCGACAUGCAAGGAUAAUCUGGAUAUGUUUAUUAACAUGGAGCCUGGCAAAGGACUGGGGAGUGUGUUGAGUCUCAAACAGCUAGUCAACAGAUUUUACAGACCAAAUGUCAAUCCUACAUCAUCACCAUCACCACAGCCCCAGGCGACGCCGAAUUAAAUGACGAGACCAGUGCAAGUACCGAGAUCCCAUCCCCUAUGAAUUAAUUCGCUUCGAGAAUUGAGCGACUUUGUGUACGGCCUAAGGGCUCCUCGAAUUUUCAAUCGUUUCAGUCGAGGAGUUUAAAGGGGUCGUACAGUGAUUGGUAUUGCGUCGGGCACAUUUCCAUACGUUCAAAAAAAUAUUUAUUAUCGAAUCAUUGAGUCCUUUUACUCAAAUACUUAGUGAUAAUAUCCAAAAAUCAUAAGAGCGCGAUAAAACAUGAUUAAGCUAACGUUUGGGAGAUAAUACAGCCAGAUUUGAUGAAGAAUAAAUAAUUUUUUGGACGUAAUAUGAAUUUCAUAUUAAAUAAUUGAUCUACUCUCUUUCUAACUAUUCAAACCCUCUCGAUAAACGCUUCAACCUCAUAUCUCUACGAAAAUCCUCAGAUAUUGCAAGAAUCCAAGAGAAUGGAAAUAAUUUUUCUAUAACGUUCAAUCCCUUUGAAAGGGCGGAGUACAUCCCACCAAUCAAUAAAAAAAUAAUGAUGAGACUUGAGUAGAGUCGCCUUCGAUAAGUGUUCUUGCCUUGGUAUAAAACACUUCCUAUCCACUGGUUACAGAAAACUUGAAAAAAAAAAAAAACCCUCUGUCAGCAUUUUCUCCUCUUUUCUAUCUUUGUUUUAUACAUAAUUUUUUUAACAAUUGUCGUAUAUCAAAGACUGAUGUUAAUCGCAGAGGGAAAAUAAAACCAAUUUACAAUACCAAGAUUUUAUCUGAAAAUAUAACUCGCAUUGAUAUUUAUGCGCUUACUGUUGAUUGUGCGAUUUGAAAAAUAUUUAAAAUACUUAAAAUGAUAAUGAAUUAAUUAAAUGAUAAACUGCUUGAUAAUUGAUUGGAUAAAUAAUGAUUAAUAAAUGAAACAAUUUUUAAAUUCUCCACAGAGAUAAUGUGAUUAUAUUACAAUUAUUGUAAUUCUUGUGAUACUUUACACUUUCUACUUUUAAAAUAGCUCUUAAUCUCUUUUUUCUUAUCUAACUACUACUUGUAUUUUUAUCAGUACACUAGACUCCCGUUAUAAACUGAAUGUUGUCAUCAAAAAUUCGAAGACGAGAGAAAUACUAUUUCGGCAUUAUUUUGCCCGGAAAUCAAUUCCUCAUCGGAUGAAAAACUAAAUUGAG